CAUUUUUUGAGGUGAAGGAAAGAGGGAGAGAGGAAGAAGCAGAACCAGAACCCUAACCUCCCGGUGAUUUGACAUGAACACGAGAUAGAGAGAUACAUGGUGGGGCAUGGUUGUUGGUAACAGAUCUUCUUAACAUAAUAAUACCAAUUCCAAAAACUACAGAGAUUAUUACAAGAUGAAGAAGACCAAACAACAACGCUCUUCCAAGAAAUCCCUUCCCGCCGAAAAUGGAACCAACGCCAAAGCUUCCUCUCCGCCUUCGCAACCCGAUGAAGGAGGAGAAAGGACGGUGAAGAAGCUUCGAUUAUCGAAGGCGCUCACCAUUCCUGAGGGGACAACGGUUUCCGAAGCAUGUCGGAGAAUGGCCGCUCGUCGCGUUGGCGCUGUUUUGUUGACGGAUUCCAAUGCUCUGCUUUCAGGGAUUCUCACGGAUAAGGAUGUUGGUGCUAGAGUUGUGGCUGAGGGGUUGCGGCCGGAGGAGACGACGGUUUCGAAGGUGAUGACGAGGAAUCCUAUCUUUGUGACAUCGGAUGCGCUGGCUAUUGAAGCGCUUCAGAAAAUGGUUCAGGGUAAAUUCAGGCACCUCCCUGUUGUGGAAAAUGGUGAAGUCAUUGCCAUGCUGGAUAUUGCCAAAUGCCUUUAUGAUGCCAUAUCUAGGGUGGAGAAGGCUGCUCAACAAGGGAGUGCCAUUGCUGCCGCAGUUGAUGGGGUCGAAAAUCAGCGUAGUAGUAAUAUAGCUCCAAAUGCUUUAAUUGAAACAUUGAGGGAGCGCAUGUUCAAGCCUUCGCUGUCAACUAUACUGGGUGAAAAUAUAAAGGUCGCUAUUGCAUCAGCAUCAGACACUGUCUAUGUAGCUGCAAUAAAGAUGCGGGAGUUGCGUGUUAAUUCAGCUGUGAUUGUGAUCGAUACCAAGAUUCAGGGGAUACUGACUUCAAAAGACAUCCUCAUGCGUGUUGUGGCUCAAAAUCUUUCCCCUGAGCAGACUCUAGUGGAGAAGGUAAUGACUCCAAACCCAGAAUGUGCAUCACUAGACACAACAAUUCUUGAUGCACUGCAUAUGAUGCAUGAUGGGAAGUUCUUACAUCUUCCUGUGGUGGACAAAGAUGGAAAUGUUGCUGCCUGUGUGGAUGUUUUGCAGAUAACUCAUGCUGCAAUUUCUCUGGUUGAGAGUAGCUCAGGACCUGUUAAUGAUGUGGCAAGCACAGUUAUGCAAAAAUUUUGGGACUCAGCUUUUGCUCUUGAGCCGCCUGAAGAUUACGAUACUCGCAGUGAAGUCUCUGGACAACUGACCUUAGAUGGUGCAGAUACCAACAAGUCUACAUAUCAAUCUGCUGGUUUUGGAAAUUCAUUUACUUUUAAAUUUGAGGAUCCUAAUGGUCAUGGGCAUCGAUUCAGCUGUGGUGCAGAACAUCAAGAUGAGCUUGUCUCCGCUGUGAUGCAAAGAAUUGGUCAAAUUAAUGAUGGAGAAGGCCCAAAAAUACUGUAUGAAGAUGAUGAAGGUGAUAAAAUUAUUAUUUCAACAGAUAACGAUCUAGCUGCUGCUGUCAGCUAUGCUAGAUCUGCAGGACUGAAGGCUCUAAAGUUGAACUUGGAGUUUUCUGAUUCAACCAAACCGGUAACACCACAAUCUUGUACAGCCUCUGGAGAGAAAACCGGUAUGUUGUCUCUCCGAUCCGGUGUUUUUGCAAGUGCUGUUGUUCUAACAAGCAUUGGCAUACUGGUCUACUUGAAGCGCUCCAGACACUGAUAUGUUCACCAUUUUGAGGAACAAAUGAUGUAAUAAUCAUUCUGUAUAAAAACUACGGAGCCCUGUCGUAAAUCAAAUACUUGUUGCAGCAAAGGGACCUAAUUGCCAUUUUUCCCAGGUCUCUUAUAUAAUUGCACACAGUAGUCAUAUUAGCAUGUUUGGAUCGACUUCUCCUUUUCUUAUAAUCAUUUCUUGGAUCUAGAAGCUUCUCUCUAGAAUUGAUUAUGACUUUAGAUUCACUUGUAGGAGUUUUUCCAAACAUGCCAUGACAUGCAAUGCAAUAAUAGAAAUGUCACAAUAUUCUUUAUUUCUUGAAGGCAAUUGUAAUUCCGGGAUAUAUCGACUUUCAUCACUGUGGGAUAACUCUUGCGGUCAAAUAUUGUGGUUCUCCUGAUGUUCUAUUAUAA